AUGGGUUUAUAUACGGGGUUUAACCUUCAUUUAUUGCGCGACACCCUCGGAACGGCUAUAUAUUUUGCGGUAUAUGAAAGCAGCAAGCAACUCGUCACCUCUUUGGGCGGCGAAUACCCUUAUACUCGUAAACUGGCAGUGCUCAUGUCAGGGGGCUCUGUGGUAUCGUUUCUUGGGCGGCGAUAUAUCCCAUCGACUCUGCAAAGAGCAUUUACCAAAAGAAUUCGCUCUUAUACUCAAAGGGCCAAAAGUAGAGCCACGUCCAAGGAUCGAAUGGUUCAAGCGCCAUAUGUAUCGUGGCCUCGGGGUGUCUAUGGGCCGCUCUUGUGCCGUUAA